AUGAAAUUGAUAUUGUUAGGUACUAGUCGUGCUUGGUCAGGUGCAAACUCCUUCUUUGCAUGGACACUUCCUCAAGAUGACCAAAUCACAUUAAUUAAUACAUUACGUGCGAAAAAUGUUCGUGUUAUUCGAAUAUUUUUAGCAACAAUUGAUUCUGGUCAAGCAGGUUCACGUGCGUUAGCAGCUAAUGAUAUUGAACGAAAUCGUGUUGGUUCACCCUAUACUGAUAGUGAUAUGCUCGUACGUGUUGAUCAAUUUAUAAAAAAUGUUGAUAUUUAUGGUGGUGGACAUAUUAAAUUAAUAAUAGCUCUUCAUGAUCGUUAUUCAUUAGGAUGUUAUGCAUAUAAAGCUGAUGGUUAUGUAUCAAAAUAUGGUAUUCCAUCAGCAAGUGCAUGUUCACCACCUAAUGAUGCAUCAAAAUUCUAUUCAAAUGAACAAGCUAAGAGCGAUUUUGUUGCUCGUUUGAAAUAUUUACUUGAUCAUAUAAAUCCACAUUUUGGUCAAAGAUGGGGAUCAUUAAAUCGUAUUAUAUUCUCUUUUCAAACUGAAAAUGAAAGUCAAGGUCAUAUGUCAAUUCAUAAUGCACGAUGGAUGUGUGAUAUAAAUACACAAAUUCGUUCAUCUGUAAAUAAUGGUAUACUUCUAUCGACUGGUGGUGAUAUUGAUUAUGGUUUAAGUCUUCGUCUUGAAAAUUUUCAAUGUUCUGCACUUGAUUUAAUAUCUUUACAUGAUUAUUCAAUGAAUGGAGAUUAUUCUCGUGGAAAAUUUCAAGAAGCUAUUCAAUUAGCACAACAAUAUAGAAAAAGAGUUUAUAUUGAAGAAUUUGGUGGUAAAGGUGACACACAAAUGGCUCAAGCAUUGAACAUUAUUGGAGCAACAGCACAUCAACUAGGUUUACCAUGGUUAGUAUGGCAAGUUGUACCUAAUGCAAGAUCAGGAGAUUUCGAAUUUUUUACUAACGAUCGAACAGCAUGGGCUGCAUUUGAACAUCAAGCUUAUUGGGCACAAAUGUCACCAUCACCAUUUCAAUGGCCUGAAAUUUGGAGUUGA